AUGGAACAGAAGACGGCACAUCGGAGAACCAGUAGCGGCUCGACCUUGCGGGCAUCGCUGAGCGCUCAGUCGGCACCACCACCUCCACCGUCAGUUCGCGCUUCUCUCUGGAUCCACGAUGACAACUUCUCUCCGGAGGAUGUCCUCAUCAACGAAUCCGUUGUGGGAGACUUGGCUAUCCGCGAAGGCAGCCUGAUCAGAAUAUACCCGGCUCCAGAGACGUCCGAUGUCCGUGACUUCCAAUCGCCAGACGGGGAGCAAGGCGAUUCGAGGCGCAAUACCGGACCUCUGACGGACGGCGAUGGCGUCCCUGGCUGGAAGGAUCACUACCUCUGCAUAGCCAAAUUCGCGCCUGCUGAGUUCAAGGCGAAGCAAGCUAAUUUGCAGGUCUCUAUCAAGGGUCACAUUGCGACGGCUUUUGGCUUCCGGCCACGGUCCCAUGUCCGCAUAGUCCCCGCUUCUUUCGAGGACUGCACAGCAUCUCAUGUUGAAUUCAGUUUCAGGGACACCUACCUCGCCAGGUCGGACAUGUGGCGGUUGGUCGGGCAGGAGUUGGCUGGGAGAACAGUCUAUGCCGGGCAGAGGAUCACCUACAUGGGCACGAUCAAACUUACAGUCAAAGCGAUCCAUGUGCAUCAUCACAGGGUUUCGACGGCGUUCUUCGCGGGCACCACAAUCCCCAUCUUCCGCAGUGAAGCUGCACGCUAUGUGCUCUUCAUCCAAAUGUCAAGCGAAAUGUGGGACUUCGAUUCCGAGGGCGACGGAGAGAUCAUGUUCAACAAGGUUAUCAACGGCUUCCUACCAGACCUCUUCAAGCGGUGGACGGAUCUCGAAGUACGACACCUUGUCAGCAUUGUACUCUUUGGGCGCCUGGAGUACGACAAGGUCGACCUCGCGCGGAACAAGGACAGGAGACUCGAAGUGGCGCCGGCAUCUGGCGCGCCGAACAUGACGGCUCGGCAGUACCAGGACUUCUAUCGCGUCGUCGUCACGGAUAUGGCUAGUGCGCAAUGGACCACAAUUCUGGAUGAGCUGAAGAAAGACUUUCGUGUGUUUCUGAGAGACAUCUCCCUACACACAUCUAACCACGAUGACAUUAUCGAGGACGAUACCAAGGCUCGCCCGGUACGCAUUGCUGGAAGACCAAGUACCGCCAUGAAAGGGAACAUCCUAGAAGCCAUCAAUAUUGCCAGUACUCAAUUCGCCCACGACUUUGAGGAUCGAGACCUGAUCCGCACCGGGGUCUCCAUUGUGGUCGUCACCGCUGGCACGGGAGUGUUCGAAGUCAACCGAGAUUUGCUCAACCUGACAUCGCAAAACUUGACGAACAAUGGAGUUGGCAUUGACAUUGUUUGCUUGUCCAGGAUGCCACUGCACUCUGUGCCUCUGUUCAAGUAUCGCUCAUCCGGAGCCGAAGAACCACUUCUGUCUUCACUGUUUGAAGAUGCCGGCAGUCAGGAUCGCCACUACUCAUCUAGCACCAGCUUCUUUGACUCUGUCCAGCCCAGGAAACUGUCACCGGCAGUCUCAUCCACGGCCACGAACAGCACCCGAUUUUUUGCGAGCUUUAUGUCAGGACGGAAUAAUGAUGGGCUUCAGGGGUGGAGCUACGGCAUACCUCAGUGGAUUGAUCUCUCGUACUGGUCGGCCGACAUCGAGCCCCUGGAGGUCAAAGUAGUAGAAGGUCCAAGCAAGAUUACGGGACCGGCGUCGGGGCGUAAGAAGGGUCCUUUUGUCCCUCGAGUCAGGAUGUAUGAGAUUCAGAUGAUGGGUCUCAUGGAACUGGGCAUGGCGGAUAUGAGCAUACCGUACAUGACAGAGACCCAGGGUGCGGCUGCUGGGCGGGUCAAACGCAGGACCUCAAAACGCCAACGUACGAGCGGGAGUCGCAGUUUGUCGCACUCUCCCACUCUAUCGCGCAAGAGUCGUCUCAGUGCUGAGCCGAGGCGCCCGGCUCCGGGACUGCUCUCCUCCCAUGCCAAAGCAUUUGGGAGCGUAUUUGACCGGAUGGACGAAUACGACUCGGCAUUAUUUCAGACGCAGCUCAACUCGGAAGCCGCUUCGAAAGCACCCAAGGCACAGGGUCGUGCCUCAGCGGUUAUCGGUACGGCGCCGCCCAACUCUUCAGAGAAGUCUCAACCAGAUACUAAAGCACCCAAAUCCGGGUCAGGACUGACGAAGGUACUCACGAAUAAGUCUCUGAACUCGCCUUUUCGACCGCAGCUGCCCUCUCUCGUCUCGGCAGAUGCUUCGAGCUCCAGCAUGACGAUCAAGAAGACGCCCGAGGCUGCAAAGGUCAAUCGCACCCUGAACUAUGCGUUACGGGGUUUGGCUCCUCCUAUCCGUGCUGUUGCUAGUACCGAAGUCAAUAUUACCAAUGCUCAGGCACAACCGCCUUUCGGUAACCCAGGGCAUUCACGACCGACCGUGGCUACAACAGCCGCCAGCAUCCGCUCUGUCUCCACUAACAGUGUGCUCACUGAGAAGAACAAUGUAAGCCCUGCGGCUUCGCAGAGAUCUCCUCGUUUCCAGGGUCGUCUGGAUAACGCUCCAUCAAAGCCGAUCUCGAUCAACACCCCGUUGCGUAAGGUGCGCGCUGAUGGACUCGGCGAGUCCCAAGGGUCGGAUUCUACGGCACGGCGGCUUAAUGAUCACAUCGCCGUCGCCCAAGCCGACGCCGGGUCCAAGCACGAAUCCGACAGUGACUCAUCAGUCUCUACAGAGAGCGACAUUUCAGAUAGCUCAGACGGUGUGGAUACAGCCGAUAGCCAGCUCGGGAUGUCAGUGGCCAGCUCUGUGCCCAAGAGUGCGCUCCCCUUCGUCCGCAAUGUGAAUGCGUCGAAUCCGUUGAAAAGGCAUCCUGAAAGAGAGACACUCUAUGGCAGGUGGCAGCAUCUAUAUCCUCGCAAGCCUCGUGCCGCAACCGUCAAAUGGAGGUCUUUGUGUACACCUGCUUCAGUUCCACUGACGACAGAAGACUUCCCAACCAGGGACGAGCUUGAAAUGGACUUUGAUUCUGCGACCUACGAGCUGACUCUGACCCACUCAAACGAGCUGCUCGAGGAACCUGAGUCUCGUGAUAUUCUCCUCCGUGAAAUGCUGGCUCUGAGAUUUGCACACGGUUACCAACUAGUCGUCGGUCCUGCAUUGCUCGAGGCCGUGGGGCCGGGUACGUGCGACAGCUCUUCUUUCUUCACACCUAACCUGGUAAGGCCCGAUGGGUCGUUCAUUGUCAUGUCGAUGGGCAACACGAUACAGAAGAUAUCGCUCCAGCAAAAUGAUCGUCUCCAGGUGACCAAGUAUCUCCGGAGACAACCAGCAGUCAAACCUUCGGCUCCGCAACACAUCAGCUAUUACCCCAACAUCCGGACCAUCCUCUCUGGGGCGUACAAGCUUCGAGACAUGCAGUUUAGUGGCUUCUCCGAGCAAUAUCCAUGGGAGGCAGCUGACAAGUAUCUCGAAAAUCUGCAGAGGCAGCCCGAUGUGGAUGUGCAAGCUCUUCGUUUCUGGCGUGCUCGGUUCGUGCUCAUCCCUGUAGCUCCGCCGGCAAACUCUUGGAGGCCCGCAUCUUCCGAGCCUGAGGAAAGCGAAGAAGAAAUCCAUCUGCGUGGCAUCCGGGCGUUGACCCAAAUGUGGCAGAGAGCUCGAUAUGUCCCGCUGGACGAGCGAAGACCAGCGCACAACCGCCUCAGCACCAUGAAAAGGAAGGAUCGGAAGCCUUUAAGAAUCAAUCUUGAGACCCUCAAUCCAUCCGAGCUGGUGGCCACCGAGCUCGACAAGCUUGUUGCGGCCGAGGAAGCCGGAGAGAGCCAGAAUACCCAGCUGCUACCGGAAGCGGAACAGUUUGACCGAGAUUCGUUCGCCCUACCCAAACUAGCUCAGGCACUACAAGGCGAGAAUGGCAUCGAGAUCAAGACGAGAAGGUGGCACUGGCGACUCCAUUACAGCUGCUUCAUGGGCGAAGAUCUCACCAAUUGGCUCGUGCACAACUUCAGGGAUAUUGACACCCGAGAAGAGGCUGUAGAGCUCGGCAAUGAGCUCAUGAAGGAGAACCUCUUCGAGCACGUCAACAGCAAGCACAACUUCAAGGACGGGAACUAUUUCUACUCCAUCAAACCGGAAUAUCGAACGCAGCGACCAGAUGCGAGACAAUCAUGGUUUCCCGCAAGCCGUCGCUCAGAGCGAUCGAUUCCCCCUACCCCAGCGAUUGAGCAGCCUAAUCGUGAAUUUCUGGGUGGCAGAUCCCGUUCAGGCUCCAAUCUGGCGGUCCACGGGCAAGCUGCCUCGGAGCUCGCAAAGACACUCGCAGACAAGAAGAAGCGGACUGUCACGUUGAGCAAGAUGAUCCGUAUCGACGUAGACACGCGGAAACGGUCCAACAAGCCGGAGAUUGUCAACCUGCACUACGACAGAAUCCACAAUCCCGAGAAUUGUUAUCAUCUCGAGCUCUCCUGGCUAAAUACCACGUCCAAGUUGGUCGACGAUGCCAUUGUCGGCUGGACGACCCAGGCGGAGAAAUACGGCCUCAAGCUGGUUGAAGUGCCUAUUGCAGAAGCUUUCAAGGUUCCAGAGCAUGAACCCUUCCGUGCUGCCUACCGGGUCAAGCUUGCACUCGAUCCACCUCGCCGCAGUGCAGCCACCUCGAUGUACUUCACGGCCGUGGCAUUCGGACCCCAGGCACCUCUUAAGGAGGACGUCCAUUUCUACCAGAAAGCCCUGCUGAAGCGCUUCAACUUCGUGCUCGAUCUCGAAGCACCGUCCGAAUUUCCCGAGAACGUCGAGAUCAAGUACUCUUGGGGCGAUCUGGACUAUCGAUACACGCAGUUCGUGCAUCGGUCUGGCGUGUGUCUCGCUCAAAUCACUGAUGAGGGAGACUUUCUCCUCCUUGCGAACAGGCUAUACAACUCACGGCAGGCCUCGGCAAAGGAAACGUCCAAAUUCGACACCAGCAAGAAGGACAAUCUGACACCCAACACAUCCAGCUCGAUGCUCAUGCGACCCCAAACUCUCACGUCGACGUAUUCCGCACCUCCACCGAGCAUGCAAGCGUCGGGCAUCAUCGGCCUGAACGUCCAAUCGCCACGUACAGGGCCGUACGCAUCACCGCUCAUCCGACCGCUGAAAUCGACGCCGAUCCCGCCAACCAUGCUCGACACGCGCACCUCCUCAUCACUCGACACCGCCACCGGCACCGGCAACGGCACCAACCCCUCGAGCACUUCUAGCCUCAUCGGCCCGACCAUGAACAACAACCACCACCACCACCACCACCACCACCAGUACCAACCCAUCCCAAACACCCACGUCGCCAUCCCCCAGACCCCCAAAAUCACAGCCGACGUGCUCGGCACGCGCCGCGCCCUCAUCGCCUCGGGCCUCACCCACUACGUCACGCCGGAGCAAAUCAAAGACGACAUCGAGUCCUUCUGCCAGGACGUCGCCCAGCUCGACGACUUCUACAAGGAAGUCACAGCCAUGUUGUUGCCCGCGCCCCAGGCCAGUCUGCGUGACGGGGCGGCGGCGGCGGCAUCUUCAUCGUCGCCUCACAUGGGCGCGUCGAUGUCCUCUAUCACCACCACAAACGGCAAUGGCAGUGGCAAUGGCAAUGGGAAGGAAGUGAGGGUCCGCACAGGCAAGACGAGCUCCAGUCUGCUCAUGCCGCUUCGAGAGCCCGUCACGGUGUCCGAGGGUAUGGGCAUAGGCAUGGACGUUGAGACCAUCCCGGAGUUUAAAUUGCCCGGUCCAAAGUACGGUCCUGUGAGGAAACAACAGGCUGACGCUGGAGGUGGUGUGCCCGCGGGACAGGGGUGA